AUGUUGUUUCCCUCUAACCUUCAUAAAAGGACUACGAGUCCCCGAAUGAGGAGACAACAAUCUGGUCAGGACACAAACCAAGUUCUGUCCAAAAAUGAUAUACAAGUUCCAGAGGGUUACUACAACGGGUACAGCCCCUUAAAUGAAUUGAUUACGGAACUGAAGGGCAGUGUUGAGUUAUCUCUACAAAACAUGAACUUCGAAACCGCUGUUUUCCUCUCCGAACUGUAUCAUACAGAAUGUGCUGGGCUCCCUAUAUCUAAUCCUUAUCGAAUCGAGUCCAUCUACUUGUAUGCUCUUUCCCUGUAUUUGAACAAUGAAUAUCAGACUGCAUGUUUGAUAACAGAAAAGAUGAGAAAUGUGCAUAUCGGUAUCGCCUACAUAUACAGUCGAUGCGCCUUAAAGUUGGAAAAAAAUGAGGAAAGUGCUUGCUUGCAUUUAGUGAUGAGAUUGCCUGAGUUUGAAAAGGAUCAAAGUUUUGAUUUCUUCUUCAUGCCGGACUUAGCAACAAUACACUGUCUAAUUGGUAAAUUGUAUGGAUCAUUUUAUGAUGACAAAGCCAGUAUAAAUCACCAUAUUGAAGCACUAAAGUUGAAUCCGUAUUUAUGGGAGUCCUACACGUCUCUUUUCAACGCUAAAGUUUCCAUAGAUUUGAAAACCCUGUUUUUCAGUGCAAGUGAACAAGGUGCCAAUGCUAAGUUUGACGGAAGACAGACUUAUAUCAAUAAGUCGGAUGCUAAGAAAGGUAUGUACACCCAUGCAAGUGGGAAUGUGUCAUACCCUCGUUCACAAGCACACUCAAAUAGCGGCACUUUUAAAAGCACAACUGCAAGAUCGCAGCAACAUCAGCAACCUCUCGGAUAUGACAAGACUGCGGGAAUAGUAGACACUGCUAAUUUUACGCUGCCCGCUGUCAAACAGCCAAAGGUAGGAUCGCUGGCUCGGUAUAAUAACAGAAAUAAAAUUGUUACAACCCCACCGUCUAAACUGUUUGCUUCCGCUGAUGCAAAAAUGGCUUUCAAGACUCCUAAAAACGUUUCUCAUCCAAGUCACACCCUUGGAAGCUCUGCAAGGAGGAAAUAUAACCUCGGUGAGUCAUUGACAUCCACCAACACUUAUAGCCAUAUGAAUAAGUUGGGCAACCCUAACGCGAGGUCAUUAAUUGAUGUAAAUCAAUUUCGAGCGAAUAAUUCUGAGGAGGUUGCAUUCACGUCAAAUUCUGGGUCUUCCAGUGCUUUUAAGGAUCUUUUCUACACAUUUACAAAAGUUUUGAAAAGGUCGUCACAGUUCAAUUCUCAUAAUGCUAUCAGGAUUAUGAACGACCAACUACCGGCACAUAUCUUGAACAAUAUGCCCUGGUGUCAGGCUCAGAUGGGGAAACUUCAUUAUGAGAUUUCAAAUUACGGGAUAGUCGCUGAAAUACUUCCAGAACUUACGAAAUUUCCAACCUACGAGAAUGAAGGACCUGGAAAUUUUUUUCAACUACUGUUGUGGCAUCUAAGGGACAAGUUCACGCUUUUCAACUUAUCAGAUGAGCUGAUGAACUCGUUUCCGGAAGCUCCAGAAACAUGGUGUGUUGUGGGUAAUUAUUUCUCGCUAAUCAAAGAUCAUGGUGAGGCGAUCAAGGCAUUUGAGAAAGCGACGAGUUUGGAUCGGAAAUUUGCCUAUGCAUACACGCUACAGGGGCACGAACAUGCGGCCAAUGAAACAUAUGAUACUGCAAAGAUAAUGUAUAGGAAGGCCAUUGCCUGUGAUCCGCAGCAUUAUAACGCUUAUUACGGUCUUGGAGACUGUGCAUCACGGUUGGGGAAAUACGACAAAGCCUUGCUGUAUUUCGAAAAGGCAAGAGUCAUCAAUCCGGUCAACGCGAUACUAAUAUGCUGCUGUGGGCAUUCUCUGGAAAAGUUGAAUCUACCGGAUCAAGCACUGACCUAUUAUGAGCUAGCUGAGAAAUUACAACCCGAAAUGACGAUUCCAAAGUACAAAAAGGCCCAAUUACUCUUCUCGUUGGGGAAGUUUAGUUCAGCGAUGUACAUUUUUGAGAGUCUGACAAAACUCAGCCCGGAGGAAGUGACGGUUCAUUUUAUGCUGGGACAAAUAUAUCAAACAAUGGGAAGAAAGAAGGAUGCAAUAAAGGAGUACACGAUUGCGCUGAACUUGGAUCCAAUGGGUAACCAGGUCAUUAUUGAUGCUUUACAAAAGUGUCAUAUUCAAGAAUAA